CCGCAAAGGGUCUCCUUUGCAUUUUAAAUGCUGGCCUGGCUUUCUUUCUCUGGUUUGUUGCUAAGAGGAAACCCUUUGAAUGUGCCUGGGUGGCAGUUCUAGGCGCCCUUGCUUAAAUGGAGCCUGUCCUGAAUUUUCAGCUGCUUGCGGAAGGGGAAGGUGGCUCCCGGACCACUUCCACCUCCUCUACCCCGAGUGGCGAUGCCCUAACACCACUACAGAUGUCUCCAGCAGUGACACCCGACAGCCCGGCCAGCCUGCCCAUGGAUCCCACCCUUUGUGGCAAAGCUGUGCCAGUUUUCCUGCCAUCAAAGAAAGAAGACCGGCCCCAGCCUGAAGGAGCCAGCUACGACACGGCUGUUGGCAACGUCACGACAGGCCUGGUGGCGCUGAGCGAAUGUGGCCAGGUCAUGCUGGAGGAGGCUCCAAAAGUCACCAAAGUGGUCCCCCAAGGUCUUGGAGAGCCUCCAGGUGUGGACAUGCUGGAUGCCAGGAUAGUCAUGGGGGAGGAGACGCAGUGCCUCAGUGAGGAGGAGGAGGAGGAGGAGGAGGAGGAAGAUGGGAAAGGGGCUGGUCUGCAGGCUGCCCCUGUCCCACUCAAACCUGGCCUCUUGGAAGCCAGCUCUGGCGAAGAGGAGACAAGUGAUGCGGAGGAACAAGCGCUGGAAGACCACCUGGCGAUGCUUACCCAUUUGACCCCAAGAGACUCGAGCAACCGGCAAGCCUGCAUGUCCCUACCUGUCCUUCUGAAGCACAAGGAGACAGAGACGGUGACACCACCACCACCACCAUGCCUCUGUCAGGAUGAACUUACGGCUGAUGUGCCUUUCCCACCUCCUGCGCUCACCAAAGACCUUCCUGUGGAGCUGGCUGAGGCCCUGCCUGUCAAGCACACCUGCGGCCUGGAUCCGGAGCUCUACUUCACGGCUCCCUCGACCCCCAUCAAGACUGUGUUUUCCCACCUCAGGCACCCCCCUUUCUCCAAAGAGAGCCUGAGUGAGGAGCAGAGCGACAUGGACAAUGAGGGCCUCUUUUCCCCGCCCACCUCACCUUCGGGGUCCUACAUCACUGCUGAGGGAGGCAGCUGGGCCUCAACAGGCACCGCCAGCACCUCUCCGUCAUGCUCGCCAAAUCUGAUAGCGGAGUCUGAAGCCAUGGAGGCCCGGGCAGUGGACAGCGAGUCCCUGUCGGAUUUGGAGCCAGCUGAGGACCCGCCAAGGCCUCCUCACAUCCCCAGCCUGUCUCCCAACUUGGAGGGAGAGUUGGCCUUCCAAACGCUCUCUUCUAGCACUUUAGUUCAUUCUUCAUUUCCGCAGGGCGAAGGCCACGGGCAGACGACCCCAGAGGAAGAUGGUGACUGGGGUUCUGAAAUGGCUGCCUCGAAGCCAGUCCCUCAGACGUUGGAGCAGGCAAACCCAUCUUGGCCCGAGGGCGAGAGAGACUCCAGGGACGAAGGAGAUCUGCGCUCCGGUAUGACGGGCCGUGAGCUUUUCAAGGCGGAGAGCUUGCCUUCUUUUGAAGCAGGAGCUGGAGACAUCGCAAAGGAGUCUGCAGGACUGAAAGCUGACCCCUUGCCCGCGUCACUUGCUGCCUCCUCUGGGCUCCAGUCCCAGCUCAAUAGCAUGUCUGGGGCGGACAUCUCGGAGAUGGAUGCAUCCAACUGGCCACAAGCAGAGACGGCGGCUUCUGCCCCAGACAAUGGUGUGGAUGGCACUGACGAUGAUCAGAUGAUUUCUGCUUUGCUUUUGCCCUUUCGUGGAAGCCUCAUAUUUGAGGCGGAGUCCAUGGAGCUCACCCUAUUCCCCCAGGGGGAGUCGGUGGAAAAUGACGCACUAUAUGGCUUGGAGGGUUACGACAGCAUGUCUGCCUCCUUCCUACAUUCUCUCUCGGAAACCUCCACCAACGAAGGAGUAGAUGGGUCCUUUGCUUACCAGGAUGACUCCUCCCAGUCCUCCAGCUCUGACUCCUAUAAUGGAGAGGAAGAUGAGCGGUUGCACAGCAUUGAACGGCAUGCGGUGGUCACAGAAGCGGCUCACAGGGAGGCCAAGUCUCUUAGGGAAGACCUGCAGCCAGGGCCGUCCCGCUCGAGCAGCGAGAGUGAGAUGGAGACCUCAUCCGAUGCUUAUGACACGGAUGAGGAAGAAACUGCUUCUGCAACGGGCGAAGGGCAUCUGAGGGUUGAAGAGCAACUAGAGGAGAGAGGCUCCUCCCUGGAUGAGCUUGAAAAGGAAAAGCCACCCCAGGAGGACCAAAUCCAAGCCUCAAGCCCCUUUGAGGAAGGAGGGGCCUCCAGAUUGCAAACUGCUUCAGAACGAGAGGGCCCUGGUGAGUCUUCUGAAAGUUCCAGAAGCAGCUGUGUUUCACCUUCUGAUCAAGGAUGGGAGUCUUCUCUGGAGCAGGGCUGUGUAGUUCUUUCUGGAGUAGUGGGCCAUGGAAUCAGGUGUGAAGAUGACGAAGAGCCUCAGAGGGGAACAGGGUUGCCACAUGGCUUCCUGGGGCACCAGCCACUCUCGGUUGGGCAAGAGGCUCUCGAGAAAAGUGUCCCUGACGCUGGAGAGUGUCUGAUCGCUUGCUUUGAUACAGAUGAAGAAGCGGAUGCCUUGCUUCCUUUGGAAAACUCCACAGAGGCGCCUCAGCCGGCGGACCAGAUUGCCACAGAGUGGGUAGGCCAGGUUUGUGUGGGAACGGCCAUCCCUCUCGGAUGGGAUCCAAAGCCGUAUCCUGUGCAGUUUAUGGCGGCUCCAGAAGUCACUGACUCGUCUGCCUUCGAUAUUGGUGCCAGGCUAAAGGAAUCGGAGGAACGUCUCCUGGAGCUCCUCGACCAAGAUGGGGCCUCAGGGGGAGGCUCAGUGGAACUGGGGAGGCACCACAAAGGGAUGUUGAUUGUUGAGCCCGAGAAAGAGGAGCCUCCGUUUAUGUCUCUCCUUGGAUCCUCUGAGGCGGCCAUCUUGGAACAGCCUGAAGUGACUCGAGCUGACAAUGAGCCAGCAGCUGAGUGCCUUAUUGCCUGCUUCGAAUCGGAGGAUGAGCUUGAGGAAGCCUCGUCUCUUGAUCAGAUGAACAACAAUGAGGACCGUCUGGUGGUGAUGUUUUCUGAGGGAAAACCUGAUUCUCAGCCCCUCUUGGGGCCAAACAGUACCCAGCAGAACACCUUGGAGGAGGCAGAAUGUCUGCCCCACACAGAUGUUGGGGAGCGUGCUGAAGUCCAGAGCUGGGGUGUAUGUGGGAUGCAGAGAGUCCCACAUGGAUCAGAGAUGGGGGCCUCCAAAGGGCAUCUCGCCAAUGAGGGAGAGGUUCUAGGAGAUGGUGCAACUCACCUCAAACUAUGCUUGGAGACUGGCGAGGCCAAAGAUCCCAACGUAAGGCAGCCUCAACCCAGUGAAAGCUCUCACAAGCCAACCCUGGUGGGAACAGGCAGCCACGCUGAGGAGGUGGCAGAAGAAACCCUAGAGGAUGCCAAGAGCAAGCAUCAGCUGUGGGGAGAGGUUGCUGUGGCAGACAACAGUCCGGAGGAAGUGGCUGAGGUGCCGGAGCACUAUGUCUUGUCGGAUGAAGGUGACACUGACCAGAACUGGGAAACUCCAUCAGAAGAAGAAGAGGAUGCUACAUCAGGACUUGAAAGUGAAGAACGCGGAAGAGCAGACGUGGUUACCGAACUCCCACCAGUAGAUGAUGAGAUCCGAGUGGGAGACGGGCUUGAAACUCAACACCGCUUGGCUUUCAAGCAGCCUAGCCUGAGAGACAGCAAUAUGAACUUGUUGCAGGUGCAGAGAAGAGAGACAAUAUGUGCUCCUGUUGUUAGUGAGACCAGCGAUGAUCCAGCAUUGCCAGCAAACUCUAAAGAGAGGGCUGACCACCAAGAAGAGAGCGAGCUAAUGGUUCCUGCUGCUCACCAGACAGGCCUCUCUGAGCCUGCAGAUAGCAAACAGGGCACUGAAUGGUCACAGCUUGGGGGCAUGCAGAUUCCAGAGACACAGGCAGUAACCAAAGAUACCAAGCUGGUCAUUCAACAGGGGCCCGAGGCUCACAGCCAUGUGAGAUGUGCAGAGGUGGCUGUAUCUCUGUCUGCUUCGGUUGACCAUCCUCCUUUGGACACCAACGCUCAGGUAGCUAGAGCUGCCCCAGGAGCUUCUCCUACAGGAAGCUUAGGUACAACACCUUCUGUAGAGAGUGUUGGUGACCUGCCCAGGCAACACUUGCAGGUGCCAAAGAAGACCUUUGCUCAAGCUCUGCUUCAGGGUCUCCUGAUGCCUGCUUCGGAUGCUGUACCCACCUUGCCGGAAAAGGAUCUAGACGCCACUCUCUCUUCCCCAGAGCGGUCUGAGGUCUCCCCAUCCGACUCUCAGACAGAUACCAGCUUUUUCACAGCUGCUGAGGAUACUUCUGGUGAGACGGUUGUGCUGGCUGCAUCCUUUGGGUUUGAGAGAGAAGAGCAUAGAACCCCUGAGCAAGCAUGGGGUAGCUCAGCUGAGGAAGUGGAGGAGAGCCCUCCUCCUCCACAAGAGCAGCGGGCAGCUGUUUCUGAGUUGGAACGUCUGGUGGUUGAGGCUAAGGAUGCUGAGGCUGAAUGCUUGGCUGCGCCACUGAAGAUCCCAGUGGCACAGGGACCUUCCCAGCAGAGCAUGGCCUUGUGUCUGCAUUACACAGCUCUUAAUCAGGCUCCUUCUCCAGUCAUCUUCCGACGGGUGGUGGCACCAAGGGACGUGUUGCCCGUGCUUGGUAAUAACCAACAGCUCUUCUUUGCUUCUGAAGAUGAAAUAUAUUUGACAGAGCCCAAAGAUGGUCAGCACAACCCUUCCAGUGGAAAUGUAGACAUGGAGCAUGUCGGUGCUACAGAAUCUUCAGGGACCCUGAGUACUGGUGCCGCUCCAGAUGAUUCCGAAACAGUGACCAGAGAGAGACUGCCAGCCACCUGUAGCCAGCUUGAACCUUCUGGUGCCUUGUUGCAGAGUGCCACUUUAUUAGCAAAGUCCCAAGAUGUUCUUGCAGACCAGCAGCAAAUUGCCAAUAUGUUGCAAGGGUCCUUUGGAAACCUUAAGGAGCAGAAAGUGGGAACUGCUCAUCUCAUGAGUGGCCUGCUCGUGGCAGAAGCACAAAGCCUUCUUGGCAGCCUAAAGAAAGACAUCUUGGAGGACUCCUCUGGUGACAUCACACCUGACUUGUCGGAAUCAAAGCAUUCUGAAGAGGAGUUUGAAUUUCAAGCACCUUGCAAUGCUGCUGCGGAUCAAGGCCCAGAUGACUGGCAACCUUGUGGGGAACCUAGCGGCCAACUGGAGACGGACAAGCUUGGCAUUCCACCUGAAGCAGAGGCUAUUGCCUUCUGUUUAGAGGAGGUAGAGGAAGCUGCCAGCCAGCUGGUGGCUUCUGGGUCAGAAGAAGCAGACCAGCCUGCCAAUGAUGUCUGCAUGCCCAAGGAAGACCAAGAAGAGGCAACCGAGGCUGUUGACGGGACUCCAGAUCAAAGCCUGCCAGGCAAGCUGCCACUCCGGAGUCCGGAAGCCGAUCUCAUGGCAGAAGAGAGAACCACAGCGAUGCUGGGAGAGAUGAGAUUAGAGGAUGCUGCUGUGGAGGAGACUGGCCAUCCAAUUGCAGAGAAGAAUCAGAAUGAAGAAGAAACGCUUCUGUCAAACGGUUUCACCGAGAGCAUGAAACUCUCUGGCCCUGAAGCUGCCUUGAUGCCCAUGGACUCCACCACUCCUCUGUCAGAGACCCACCAAACAUCUGAGCCUCCACCACAAGACUUCUUUGUUGCUCCUUUACAGCCUGAGUGGCCCCCAUCUCCUUCCUUUCAGGAGGCUCCCAUCUCGCCACCUUUUUCUCCAAGUUCUGGGCCCCAAGAUGGGCCUGCUCUUCUGCCCUCACCGCUUCUGCCGCCGUCACCCCCCUUGGAGAGUCAAUUCCAAGGCCCAGAAGCCACUUCGUGGCUUCCUGCUUCUACAGCAAGCCCUGAUGAGGAACACACUUCUUCCAAAGAGGCCCUGAUCCUCCUACGGGAGUCCAGAAAGCCUCCGGUGGAAGCCCUCGAGAGCUCUAGGCCGGCGGUGCCCUGCCGAGGAGACCAGCUUCCCAGUAGCAAAGAUUCCAGAGGCCGGAACCGGUUGCCUGGCAACAAAGAUGCCCGAGGAAAGGACUCUGUCUCUGCAGGGGAGAAGCCAGGCGAUCGGGGGUCCGUGCAGAUGGAGUCGAGCUCUUCCAGUGAGAGGGAGCUGUUGUACCGCUGCCCGGAGAUCGAGAGCCUGAGGGAAGCGGCUGGGAUGAUCCUCUUGGAAGAGAAGAAGCCGUUGGUGGGGAAGAGGACCCAGGAGACCAACCACAAAGGGUCUUCGAAUGACUCGGAAAGCAAUGAAGGGUCAAUCCCUGAACUGGAAGAGGCAGAAGUUUCAGAACCACGGACAGCUCAGACACAGGCGCAGCUAACACACUCCUUGGGGACCGGUGAGGAAUCCAUCAGCAGAGUGAAGCAGAGCCGGAGUGAGAAGAAAGCACGCAAGGCCAUGUCAAAGCUUGGGCUGCGGCAAAUCCACGGCGUCACCAGGAUCACGAUCCGCAAAUCCAAGAACAUCUUGUUUGUGAUAACCAAGCCAGACGUCUUCAAAAGCCCUGCCUCGGACAUCUAUAUUGUCUUUGGAGAGGCCAAGAUCGAAGACCUCUCGCAGCAGGUGCAUAAAGCUGCCGCGGAGAAGUUCAAGGUCCCCGUGGAGCACUCGCCUUUGAUCACCGAAACGGCUCCCACCCUCACGAUCAAGGAGGAAAGCGAGGAGGAAGAGGAGGUUGACGAGACGGGCCUGGAGGUGAGAGAUAUCGAGCUGGUCAUGGCUCAGGCGAACGUGUCUCGCCCCAAAGCCGUGCGCGCCCUCCGGCACAACAACAACGAUAUUGUCAAUGCCAUCAUGGAGCUGACGAUGUAGCAACCGGCUAGCAGGCCCACCCAGCCUCUGCCCCCCCUUUCUGUAUAGAUGCACAGUUACUCAUAUCCAAUGCAGCUGCUGUUUGUUAGGACUGCAAAUAAUUAGUCCCAACUAUUCUGCAUUGAAAAUGCUGCUCAAUAAAUGGUAUAUUCACUUGAACUGCA